CAUCAGUGCAGCUUAGAGUGGGAAGAGAGAGCCCUCAGACAACAUUUAAACAAAGAGUAAUCGAGUCUUUAAACAAAGCUUUUUCAUCGUGCUGUUGGCCCUCCAUUUUCACUCUAAGUUACAGAAGUAAAAGCAGGACUUCGUGUUGCACAGGAUAAUGCGUGAGGAAAACAUAACUAAUCUUCCUCAUAAUGAGUCGAGACAAAGUCAAAACUAUUCCCCAAGACACGAAGACUAUGAAGAUGACUGGUCACCUCGUUUCGUCGCGAAAUACGACCUCCCUGGUAUGUUCAUGGCCUUCGUCAUUGUCCUUAUAAAUUCACUUGUGUUCAUCCUUGUAACCAAGAGGCGCUCUCUCAGAACCCCAACGAACUUUUUCCUCAUCGGAUUAGCAGCCAGUGAUCUUCUCAACGGGUUCAUCACUUUGCCAUUGAGCAUUACGUGCAACAUUUUUCAAGAGCAUGGCCCGUGUUUUGCUUCAGUUUACAUCUGGAUGUUCACGUCAUUUCUGACCCUCUCGCACAUUUUAGCGGUGACUGCCGAUCGCUUUAUAGCGAUCAUGUGUUCUUUGCGCUAUCCGCUGAUCAUGACCAAGCGACGAAGCUACAUCGCCUUGGCCUUCAUCUGGCUCAGUUCACUGUUCGUCUCUCUGAUGCAGUUAUGGUGGCUCAGGCCACAAAGUUAUGAUCCCCAGGGGGAAGACCAACCGGAAGAGCAAAAAAAGGAGAAAGCUUUUUUCACUGCGUGUGUUGUGUUGUAUCUCGUCAUGCCAGUUCUUUUCAUGGCUGUCGCCUAUUUAAUCAUUUUGCGUGAAGUGCGUCGACAAAUUCGCCGAGAGUAUCAAAACAUUCCUGCGGCAGCGGCCUCAAUACAGUCAGAACAGCGACUAUGGAGGCAGCGCAAUGGCAAAGCCGCUUUUAUCUUUCUUGUGAUGUUUUUCACCCAUGUUGCAUGCUGGUUGCCUUUCUUCCUCAUAAAAUUCCAAGAAAUUUUUAAUUCUUUUUAUCUACCCGUGUGGACCCAGUACUUAUUCGGAUAUCUUCGGUUCGCGUCCUCGAUCCUUAACCCUUGUUUGUACAUCUUCGGCAAGCACGACUUUCGGAAAGCAUGGGAAAUGCCUUGCACGUUAAGCCGAGAGAGAAACCGGGCAAAGUCAGAAUUGGUCAUAAUGAUGAACAGUCAGGUUUAGGCAUCUGGAAAUCCCGAUUGGAGUAAUCAGUCUUUCUCAUAGCUUGGUUUAGAUAGUUGAGUUUGUUUAAUCACAGCAUAUUACCUUUCGUAAAACAAUAUCUUGAUAUCAUAAAAGAUAAUACAAUGAUGAAUCACCAGUGAGAAUGAGAAAGCUAAAUACACUGUACACCAGUGUUAGGUAAGGCUAGCCUACCUUUCCUGUCAUGUAUUCUGUACCAAUCCAUGCCAGAGAAGAGGUUAGCUUAGAUAGUCAGAUACGUUUUGAAUAAAAAACAGUUCUGAUCAUGCAGUUAGUGCGGAAAUUAUCGCAUGCUCAGAGUUCGAGAGCAAUUGUCAAUAAUAAUUGAAUUAGAAACUUGAAAACGAAAUCCUUUGCGAUAGGUUCUAAUGGACAAACUAUGAUCAAUUUGCUCUAUCAAAUACUUCUUGUACCGGUAUAAGAAAGGUACAUUUGUAAGCCAAAAAAAUUGCAUGGGGCCUGUCCGAACAAGAGGCUAAAGAUGUUAGAAGAUCGUGUCAAAAGUUAACUCCCCAUUUGUAAUUGAAAAUUGUUUUAAAGGUGAUGGGUGACUUAGUCCCUAAGUAGUACAGGCCAUUAGCUUGGCAGUAAAUAAGUUGCGAUUAUUCCAUGUGGAGACUCAAAAAUCAGUAUCUACCUUCAUGUUGCUGGGUUAGAUAUUUGCACACAAUAAAAUUGGAAGGGGAGCGA